GACGUAUAUAUAGACAGUGUUAUUGGAUAUACUAUUAUUAUUAAGAGAGCUUUUAUAAGGCUGUGAGAUAACGAAUCUGUGCCUUAGAAGUUUUUAAAAGGGCAAAUCAGAACUGAAAAUGUCUUCAAAAAAAAAAGUUGUUAUCCCAGUGGAUGGAAGUGAACACAGCGAAAAGGCCUUUGAAUGGUAUAGAAAUCAUAUUCAUGAGAAAGAUGAUGAACUUCUUGUUCUUCAUGUACAAGAACCUCCGACAGUCCCCUCUUCUCCAUACCCUUAUGGAGGGACAGUUUUACCAGAUGAAUGGAACAAAGCUGUAGAUCAAACCAUUGCUGAUGCAGCAAAGAUUAUUGAUUAUUAUGGUAAAAAGUGUCAACAACAAGGGCUGAAAUGUAAGCUAUAUAAAGGAAGUGGUAAAGCAGGUGAAUCCAUCUGCCAAUUAGCAGAAGAUCAAGAAGCCAAUCAAAUUCUUAUGGGUUCUCGAGGCUGUGGCAAAGUCAGACGUACAUUAAUGGGUAGUGUUAGUGAUUACUGUGUGCAUCACAGUAAUGUUCCAGUGACUGUCAUUCCACCGGUAAAGACAGAUUGAUUUUUAAUUUGGCCUUAUUCAUCCAUUAUUAUGGUAUGAGUUUGGAUUCUUUACUGUGGUAUAAAAUAACACAGUUUGGUCCGUUUUUUUUUCUUUUUGGUAAAUCAUAUUUUAUGUGAAAGUCCGGAAAGUUAAAAACAAUAGAAUAUUUGUUGUUUUUAAGGAUUAUAUGUAGAUUUUUUUGUAUCCUAAAAGUGUUGUCAUUUUUUUCUUUUAAUUUUUUGUGGUAAGUAGAUUAUCAAAGCAAGAACCAUAUUUUGUAUGAGAUUUAAGGAGGCUUCAUGUAGUUCCGGGCUUUAGAGUAAUAGAAUUAGAAAUUAUUUUAUAGCAAAUACAGAUCUAUAUCUUGAUAUCUGAUACACUCACCAUAUUAAAGUCUAUGAGUUUAGGAAUCAUUUUUUGUGAAAAUGAUCACGUGACUAGUUACCAUAGCAACGACACGUCCGCCACAAAACGGGCCCUUUUUGCCAUUGAACAAUUAAAAUCUCGAGUUUCCGGUGGUCAAUCUUUUUUAGACUGCAUAAUAUGAAAGUUUGUUUUGUUACCUAUUAUAUGGCAGUGUCAUAUUAAAAUUGUGACUACAGAAACCAAGAUAUUAAAGAAAUAUUCAUUUUCCAUGAUAAAAAGUUUGCUGUAGUCCAAAUAUUUUUCAUAUUGCAUCAGUUGCCUUAUCAUUCUAUGAAGAAAAACUGUAGAAAUUUAAAGAUAUUUGACCACAUAGUUUUCGAGUUUUUAAUUUUAUUAAAUAACGCGUGCCACUGACUUUUCUUGACGUCAUCAAAAUAAAAAUCACACUCAGGCCUGUCCACACCUGACCUGAUAUUUACAUUUUGGCCGUUUGCAUAAUGGCGUCAUUUUACUACCACUACCAAGAUGCAUGGUGAAUUUCCUUUCUUAAUCAAAUUUGUAUUCCCUCAUGACAAUGGUAAGGCAAUUGCUGCUAAGUAAGCGAACAGAAGGAAGUGUUCAAGGGAUUUUGGUUGUGGUAGUAAAUGAUGCCGUAAUGCAUGCAAGUGUCCUUCUGCACAAAUUUUCAAAUCUUUUUUGCCCCUCCACUCUAUCCAUAUUCAAAAAGUUGUAUUUUUAAGUGGUGUAGGUAUUCAUCGGAUACAUGUGGACAGAAGACUGAACUGCAAAGAAAAAAAUCAUUUAAAAGAAUAUUUGGGAACAUGUAGAUGGGGCCUUCGGCUUAUGUGAAUUACAUAUUGUGAGAAUUUUGUUCUGUUUCUGAAAUUUAGUUAAAUGAGGUGUUUUUACUCAAAAGAGUCAUUAAUUAAACUGUACACUGGUUUCA